AUUGGGAUAGAAAUUAGGUAGCUUUGACUUUGAGUGUUUGACCUCUUAGAUUACGUGGCUUCGCUUUUGACCUCCUAGAUUACGUGACUUCCAAUAUGCAUCUAUUUAAAUUAUAUUAUAUUAUUACAUGGAGAGAGAUAAAUAUAUAGACAGAUAGAUAGAUAGAUUGAUAGAUCAUACGAAGAAGCAAAGAAACUAGUCUACUUCGAAGCAAUUUUGUAGGUGGCAAUUCCCGUUCAAUAUUUUAUUUUUCUAUCUUUUUAUAUAUCUCACACAACAACCCUCCAACAAAAGCCCAUAAGCAACCCUCAUCAAUUACGUUCCAUCAUCAUUUCCAUUCUCCUUCCUUUUCAUCAUCAUCAUCACCUUCUUCUUCUUCUUCUUCCAACCCUCAUCAAUUACGUUCCAUCAUCAUUUCCAUUCUCCUUCUUUAUCAUCAUCAUCAUCACCUUCUUCUUCUUCUUCUUCUUUAGGUGGUAUUGCAGCCAUUCUUUCAUUAAAGAAAGUUAUAGGAUAGAAACAACCAAUAUUGGCAAUAGCCAUUCACCAUUGCCAAACUAAUGGAUCCGACUGUCUCCCAUUCUUGUUAUAUGUUUAUCACUCUCAUUAUGCUUCUAAUAUGCAAAGGCACAGAAGGUGCUACAUUUACUCUCCUCAACAGGUGCGGUUAUACGGUGUGGCCCGGAAUUCUCUCCAAUGCCGGAAGCGACAAAUUAGAAAGCACCGGAUUCGAACUCCAGCCGGGUGGGUCCCGCUCCUUCCAAGCCCCGCCCAACUGGUCCGGAAGAUUCUGGGGAAGAACCGGCUGCGCUUUCGACCCGAACACUGGCCAAGGCAGCUGCACCACCGGGGACUGUGGCUCCAACCAGGUCGAAUGCAAUGGCGCCGGAGCAAACCCACCGGCUACUCUUGCCGAAUUCACAAUCGCAUCGGCCUCGCAGGACUUCUACGAUGUGAGCCUGGUAGACGGGUACAAUAUACAGAUGAUCGUGGACGCGAGUGGCGGGUCGGGCACGUGUUUGUCGACGGGGUGCGUGACCGACUUGAAUCAGCAAUGCCCGGCUGAGUUGAGGGCCGGGAACGGCGCUGCUUGCAAGAGUGCUUGCGAGGCUUUUGGGAAGCCGGAGUACUGUUGCAGUGGCGAGUAUGGGUCGCCCACCACGUGUAAGCCGUCUGUAUAUUCGGAGAUGUUUAAAUCGGCUUGCCCAAGAUCGUACAGCUACGCUUAUGAUGAUCCCACCAGUACAUUUACAUGCUCUGGAGCUGAUUACACUAUAACAUUCUGCCCUUCCUCCACAAGUCAAAAAUCAGCCAGAGAUGCUUCUCCAAUAACAGGCACAGCGAACGGAUCUGAAGCAGGAACAGGGGAUGUCCCAGUCCCAAUGGUGGACAACAGUUCGUGGCUGCCAAACUUUUUCACUGGAGAUUCUCCAAACACCCUUUCUUCUUCUGCUUUGCGUAUUUCAUUGUUUUCUUCUCUGACUUUGUUUCUCUCCCUGUUUUUGCAUUAUUCAUAGUUUCUGUAUUUACCAUUUUUGCGUUGAGAGCAAGGACUGAACAAGUCCAGGUUGUAAAGCCCAAAUUUUCUAGGUCACAUGUAAACAAGUCCAAAGCUUAAAAUAUACCUUUUUCUUUAUUAAAUUUUCCAAAGAUCUUGUAGUUUGGUGAAUGAACUGGGAAAAAACAAAAGAAAAAUGAAGAAGAAAAGGUAAGCUCUAUGUGGGUAGAGUGUCAUUAUUAAUUGGGAUUGGGAAUUGGUUGGUGGGUGCCAGCUAAAGAGAGAAGCAUUACUUUGCUGGAAGUGGAAGCAUAGUUGAUGGUAAUUUUGAAGUGCUUGGCAACAUUGGAAAUAUAAUUAUAAUUAUGCUUAUCUUUAUUCUCGUGAGAGUUGUGAAGAACUUGAGUCUGUAUCCCAAAAACAAAACUAGCAUCAUGUCUAAUUAUUAUAUAGAAAAAAAUCCUUUACUCAAUAAAGUAUUUUCUUGGUAAUAUAUAUACAUAUAUAUAUAUAUAUAUAUAUAUGGGAUCAGUCCAUGAAGGUUGUGGCUCGUAUUAACGAAUAAUUUGUGAAGCUUUCAAUCAAUUUUAAGAAUGGAACGCUGAAAGGUUAGAGAUUCGCCCAAUGUCAGGGGGAUACGAACUUGUUAUGAUUCCAUACCAUAAAUAUAAAACUAUUCCAAAUAUAACAUAUUCAAUUGAAAAAAGAGAAAAACACCUGAGACUCAUCGGGAUGAAGAGUAGAAAGACAAGAGGACGCAAGGUGCCAAUCCUCUCCCUCCACAGGUGCUCCAUUCCGGGCUGGUCAGGCUAACGAACCUCUUACAUGAACGUCUGGCUAAACAUUUCAUCACACAUACCUUGCCCAUCUUGUAAAUCCGUUCUAAUCCUUAAGAUUGAACUUUUUAUUUUUAUUUUUAAAAUUAACUAAUUAAUUAUAUUGAAACAGCAAGAACAAUUAUCCUUUUCUAUCUAAGGAUUUUUCCAUUGGAUUAAAAAGGGAAAACCUUUUAACUGUAAAAGAAAUACUAAUUAUCAUCAAAUUUUGCAUUUUUAUCGUAUUGACGACAAACAAAACAGCAACAUAGUCAGCCUUAUAGUGAGCCCAUCCAACAAUUUAGGCAGGCCUAAAAGUAAGGCCACUUGAGAUUGACCUAUGUCUUAUCCAGCAGGAUGGGCUGUCUGUCACCCGAUCCAUGCCCAAGUCCCUUCGGGAAUGAAAAGGAUAAAAUACAUUAAUCCCAUAUUUUAGACUUAUGCCAUGCCGUCCUUCACAACUUAAGAAGAAUGACAUCGUGUGUAGUCCACUCUACCCAAAUUCUACAUUUUUCCAACCUUGAGAGCACAUAAUAACAUAGGAAAUCGGACGGAGAGAAAAAAAAAGAGUUAUGCAUUGAAAAGUCAUGCGAUUUUAUCUGAAAACACAGUUUUCUGAUGCUAAUGCAAGAAAAAACAAAAUAUUCUGAUUAUAUGAUUACAGUAAAUCUACUAAUGCUUUCUUUCACUUCAACAAAGCAAAGCAAAAUUAUGCGUGCAGCAUUUUCCACGGACUGAACAAUAAAAAG